UACUUCUUUCUCCAAAACUGUGGUUUAAAGAGGCUGGGUAAUUUUCCUGUGUCUAACAUUGUCUUCAAGAUCAAAUCAAAGAAAAGUUGAAAAUAAUAGCUUUCCAAGAUACAAAAAAAAGGCAACAAAAAACUUAGAAUUAUCUUCGUUUAAUUGAUAAACCACUUACCGUUUUAAUGAAAAGUAAACAUUUCAUGUGGGAAAGGAUAAUUUAUGUUCUAAGAAAAUUGUCGUGUCGUGUCAAGGGUAUGCUGAAUGUUUACGCGACUGUUUAGUAUUGACUUAGAGCAGUUACGGGCGCAUUAUAAAGCAUGGGAUACGCGCGUAUCUUCGCGUUCCUGAUUCCAGUUUUCUUAAAGAGGAACGGACGUUCUUCGUUUCUGCAAGGGUGACGAGUUAACUCCGAACGAUUCGAAGCCAAUUCAGCGCGCUAUGAAUUUUUCCAAGUCUCGCGUCGGCCUGCUUUUCGUGGUUGCCUUCGUGGUGUGCUUUGAUUUUCAUAGCAUUUCUGCCAUGGUCCGAGAAACUCGUGACGGGUUUAUCAGAGAAGAUGAAGGUACCGGUGAACAUUCUCAGCCGAUCCGAGGGAAAAGGUCAGUUCAAAUUGAUGCAGCCCGCCCAAACCUGACGGAGAUUGCGAAAAGAUUGCUAGUCGUGGAAAAAAAACUUGAAGCCUUGCUACAUCCCAGCUCAAGUGACUCCUGGUUGGUGGGGUACCUUUUGGGGCGGGACAGUAAACAUAAUGGACAGGGCAAAACUGGACCCCCGGGACCUCCUGGAAAAAUGGGUCCAAAAGGCGCCAAAGGAGAUCAGGGAGAUAAGGGCGAGAAAGGCUCGGAUGGGAAGUCUGGGGUCAAGUAUGUUCGCUGGGGAAGGACCACAUGUCCCAGUGGUGCGGAAAUUGUUUACAAAGGUGUUAUUGGUGGUGAACAUCACACUCACCCAGGCGGCGGAGUAAAUUAUCUUUGCCUUCCGCUCAAUCCAAUUUACGACAAGUACAAGGAUGGAUUUCAGAACUCGGGAUUCGUGUAUGGCACCGAGUAUGAAGUCAAUACUUUCAAUCCAUUUAAGAAAAAUCUCCAUGACAGUGAAGCACCUUGUGUUGUUUGCUUCGUUAAGUCACGUGGCUCACUGCUUAUGAUGCCGGCACGGAAUGUUUGUCCAUCUGGAUGGACCGAGGAGUAUCAUGGGUACCUGAUGAGUGGAUACUACAACCACAAGAAAGGAUAUGAGUUCGUCUGUGUCGACGAGGAUGCAGAGUAUGUCCCCGGUACGCAGGUUAACAAGGAUGGCGCCUUACUCUACCCUGUAGAAGGACGGUGUGGCGCACUCCCGUGCAACCCAUAUAUCGCCGGAAGAGAGCUAACUUGCGCCGUGUGCACUAAGUGACCGACGACGACCGUUGCAUUGGAAAUGUAAAAGAAGACGGAAGAAAAAUUUUUGAACAUGUGAUUUCAUAAGCUCUCCUGAUCUAACUUGAUUUAGAACAGUACUUAUAUGCUAGUCAUUUUAGUCAAAGAAGUAAACCAUAAUGAAGUUCAGUCUUUCGGUCAAAAUUGAAGAUCACAAUGCACAUGUAUAUGUAGCGAAUAAAUAACAAUAAUAAAUUGUGCAUGGUAAAUA